AUAUAUAUAUAUAUAUAUAUAUUCAGAGUUAACUCAUUAGAGUUCACUCCUUUUAUGCCGACCAGCAACUCAUCAUCAACAUAUACAAAGAAAGAUAACUCUCAUGUAAUGAGAGUGACAUGCACGUCUUCAGUACAUGCUUAUAAGAGCAUGCGUAACGAGGAAGCUUCCUUUUCCAACUUGUAGCUGCUGCGAUUAAGACGUGUUUAACAUUCCGAAUCUGCAGACAAUCUCUAAGGCGUAUCCUUGUCGACACCAACAACGGUCUCACUUGUAGGUAUACUGUAGGUAAAACUGGACAGUACGGUAGGUCCCUAAUUUUCCUUUUUAGUUCGAUAAUGCUGCAUUGAAUUCCUGAUGUUUGCUUAAGCCUGCGUCUGAGUUUCAGUCAUGCCUCAUGGCGUCGCCAUUUUGAAAAAACGUGCGAAUUCAAUUUCAUUUACAAUUUAGCUAUUAAUUAUCAAUUAAUAAGUAUUAAUUACAAUUUCCUUUAUAAUUACUGGAGUUAGAUAUAAUUAUAAAUAUAAACAGAUACAUGUAUAUAUAAUUUAUAAAAGUUUACUGUAGUUCAUCAUGCUCCGAGUUAAACGGAGGGCCAGGAACGCUCCAUAUAUUGGUCCAGCGGCUGGGACAAGAGGAGCCGCAUCCAGGACGACGACGGCUCACGCCUCUGCCAGACCUACAACGGUGACAACUCACAUGGCCACUGACCUCCCUACUCAGCUUAGCCUGCCAGUCAUCCCUCUAAGCACUCCGCCAGUUGUGGACCCUCAUCAACAGGUUAUGGCUAACUUCCCAAUUAAUGAAAACAGGGGAGAACAAAUUUCAGUGGGACCGCUUCAAAUCCCUUGCCCCACAGGCAGAGAAAUAUCCGUCACGGAUACCUCCAGCAAUAUGGCAAGUCUUGAGUAUCGAAUAGAAGCACAUUUAGCAGCAGCAGAUUCCAAAAACACCGCGGCUACUUAUAGCAGGGCUCUAGACUCAUUUACAGAAUUUCGGUACAACCUUCCAUCAUUUUGGCCACCUUCUGUGGACCAAAUUGUUUAUUACUUAGCUUAUCUAUCAGCAAAGAACAUAUCAUUUUCCACAGCAAAAUGCUACUUAAGCGGGCUAAGUUACCAUUUGCAAAUUCAAGGUAAAGAAGACACAACUAAAGUUUUCAUUGUUAAGAAGAUGUUAGAAGGCAUGCAUCGUUUAAACCCAUUAAAGGACAUAAGGGCACCUAUUUCGUUGCCCCUAUUAAAUCGGGUUACAUUGGCACUUCCUUCAGUCUGUAAAAAUUAUUACGAGGCAACUUUGUUUACUGUUGCUUUUCAUUUGGCCUUCUUUGCAUUACUUAGAGCUAGCGAGCUAACAGUCUCUACAAACACUUCAUACGCAAUUUCCAUUCAUGGUCUUGGGUUCUAUAAGAACCAAAUUAAACUGCGUAUUAGGGGUUCGAAGACUGAUCAGUAUGCAGUGGGUUCCAUUGUUCAGAUAGAUCUCAAUCAGGAAACCUCUACACUAUUUCAAUCGUUACAACAUUAUCUGCACUCUAGACCAACAUCACCUGGCCCUUUAUUACUCCACCUAAACGGUAAGCCACUCACUUCUUAUCAGUUUACUUCAAUCUUGCACAAAGCAUUACGGUUCAUUGAAGUCGACACAUCUACAUUUAAAUUCCAUUCAUUUAGAAUAGGGGGUGCAACCCAUAUGCAUCUCUCGGGGGUCCCAGAAGAACAUAUCAAAAUUAAGGGUAGAUGGAAGUCUAACGCAGUUAAAUCCUAUAUUCGUGUAUGAAUUGUCAUUAUAGGCUUGGUGCUUGCAACAUUAUACUGGUCACUAACAGUAUGUUAAGUUUGCAGGUAUCCACACAGUCGUAUGGAUAGUCGGAUCAUCUUUGAUAUAUCAUGCAUGCAACUACACUAAACCCUAUUUUGGUAAUCAGCACCUCAACCUACUAUCCAAGAACAUUGCCAUUAGAUGGUUUGGUCAGAGGGGCAUGACCUGGGAGCAUAUGGAAUCUAAGAUCCAAAGGCUAGUUGUUCAAUUUGGUCCUCCCGAUGAUUUGAUGUUACAUUGCGGUGGUAAUAGCAUCGGGACCAUGUCACUUAGACAAUUGCAAAGAUUUAUGAAGCAAACUAUGUAUACACUUUAUCAAUUAUUGCCAAAUUGCAGAUUCAUUUGGUCUGAAAUCUUGCCUCGUACUUAUUAUCGUCAUAUGUUCUCAUUAAAUUCAGCAGAAAUGUCCCGCAAGAGAAUAAAUAGUGCAAUGAGUGCAUUUAUCAUUCAACGGGGUGGGGGUUAUAUUUCGUACCCUGAUCUCAAAUCAUGUUCCCCGGUCUUGUUUCGAGACGGGGUACACUUAACUGAUAUUGGUCAAACUAUAUUCCUGAACACCAUUCAGGGGGGCCUUUUCACUAUUAUUAGGGAGGGGGUUCAGCACUUUCCGCCUCGAGCAGUUAAUCGAGGUCAGUUGAUCCAUACUGGGCAGUUCGUCAUGGCAGGGGCCAAAAUUUGCAGCAUGUGGCUGAUGUCUAUGCGCACCUUGCUUCACUGCAGGUUCUCGUCGACAUGUGGCCGAAUUUUGAACUUUGAAGCCUGUCCUAGAUUUCUGUUGUUUUCCAGGGUCUGGGGCCAAUAAUUGGGCUUCUGUCAUUUUCUCAUUUUCAUUGAUAUUGCUAUGCCAUAUACUGUUGACAAAGUCGGUGUAGCUCAUUGUCGUUGUACAUUAUUGGUGUUUAUAUUUGUCAUUGAUUCACCUUGUAUACUCAUUUGCCAUAGCUCGUGGCACCGUUGUUAUUGUCAAGAAUUUGCUCUAUAUAUAUAAAGCCAUGACAAAAACUGCCAAAUCAGUCUUGGUGUUGAUGUGUCGUCAUAAUCAGAGUUAACUCCUUAGAGUUCACUCCUUUUAUGCCGACCAGCAACUCAUCAUCAACAUAUACAAAGAAAGAUAACUCUCAUGUUAUGAGAGUGACAUGCACGUCUUCAGUACAUGCUUAUAAGAGCAUGCGUAACGAGGAAGCUUCCUUUUCCAACUUGUAGCUGCUGCGAUUAAGACCCAUCCCACCCAACCCGUUUCUGAUAUAUUUCGGAUAUUUCUGUUUUUGUUUCAAUUUUCUUUUCAGGUAUUGGGCGAUCCUUGGAAGCAUACCGAUACAUAAUAGACGUCGUGGCUUUAUACAGAUGUGUAUUCUGGUGGAACCGUUGGUUCUUACACUGACUUGGCCGAAUUUUGAACUUUGAAGCCUGCCCUAGAUUUCUGUUGUUUUCCAGAGUCUGGGGCCAAUAAUUGAGCUUCUGUCAUUUUCUCAUUUUCAUUGAUAUUACUAUGCCAUACACUGUUGACAAAGUCGGUGUAGCUCAUUGUCGUUGUACAUUAUUGGUGUUUAUAUUUGUCAUUGAUUCACCUUGUAUACUCAUUUGCCAUAACUCGUGGCACCGUUGUUAUUGUCAAGAAUUUGCUCUAUAUAUAUAAAGCCAUGACAAAAACUGCCAAA